AUGAGAGCUUUCUUAAGAGUUGCUGAUAUGAUUGAAGAUGGUGAUGAAGAAAUCGGAGUUUGGGUUAAGCAAGUUAGAGGGGUUGCUUUUAACACAGAGGAUGUUCUCGAUGAAUUCCUAUUUCUUUGCUCACAUUACAAAGAGAAUGGAUUUAGUAGCAUUUUAUUAAAGAAAGCUCGAAGUGUUAUGAAUUUUAGAGCUCGUCGUCGAAUUGCUUCCGAACUGGAAAGCAUCAAAUCCAGACUAACCAACGUAUCAGAUGGACAUCAGAGAUAUCUAUACAAGCUCAACAUCGUGAAACAGGGUUCAACUGGUGCUGCUGCAGCUACUCACAAUUACAGUUUGAAUGACCUUCGAAGAGAUGCACUACUGGUUGAAGAAGAUCAGCUUGUAGGCAUAGAAAAACCCCAGAACAAGAUAAUCAAACAGCUUCUUGAAGGUAAAACUAAACUUCAAGUUGUUGCAGUGGCUGGGGUGGGAGGUUUGGGCAAAACUACCUUGGUGAGCAAAGUCUUCUCUGAUCCUAGAGUGAAGAAACAUUUCCAACAUCAGGCUUUCGUCACAGUUUCGCAGUUUAAGCAAGAUAAGAUUCUUGCUGAAAUAAUUCAGCAGCUCUUCAAUGAGAUGAAACAACCACUUCCUCAAGGAGUAGACUCCGAGGACAACAGCAAACUCAAGAGAAUCAUAGUUGAUUUUCUUCGUGAAAAGAGGUACCUUGUUGUUUUUGAUGAUAUGUGGAAUUUGGAUUCUUGGGAGUCACUCAAAAUUGCAUUUCCUAACAACAAUUAUGGUUCUCGAUUAAUGAUCACCACUCGUAAUGUUGAACUGACAUCUACAUCUAAAGUUGAUCUUGGAGGUAUGAUUUAUGAUUUAAAGCCUUUAUCUUCAGAAGAAUCGUGGAUUCUUUUCUGUGCAAAAACUUUCCAAAGGAAUCAAUGCCCUUCUCAUUUGGAAAAGAGUUCAAGAAAUAUCUUGAAAAGAUGUGAAGGACUUCCUCUAGCAAUUAUUGCAAUCAGUGGUUUGUUGGCCACUAAAGACCGUAGAAUUGAUGAAUGGGAAAAGGUUGAUAGAAGUGUUGGAGCUGAAUUCCAAGGAAAUGACAAACUCAAAAGCACGUCAAAGAUACUUUCACUAAGUUUCAGUGAUUUGUCUUACAACUUGAAAUCUUGCUCCAGAUAUUUCAGCAUGUUACCCGAAGAUUAUUUGAUUGAAAAAUCCAGAUUGAUUCAGUUUUGGAUUGCUUAA